AUGCCUCUCAUUGUAGUAGCAGCACCAUCAAUAAUUUCUUGAUAUUGAUCUUGCUUUCGGCUGAGGCUUGACAUGAGGACAACCAUUUCUCCAAAAAUAACUGCAGUGGCUAUACUUCCGAUUAUUAUCAAAAAUGAGGCAAGGCAAGCUUCGCCUUGAGUUCUAGGAACUGCAUCAUUUCCGACUAGAAGCCAAACAGCGUUAUAA